AUGGCAGCCGUGGACCUCAAAAGCAGUAGCAGCAGCGAGAAUGAGACUUCAAGCUCCGAGAUGCAUUCGGAUGAAUCGAAGGGGAGGGAUGGAUCAAGAAAAGAGAGCUGGAAUUCCUGGGCUCUUCAGAUGAUGGUCUUGUUUCUGGUGAUGGUGAUGUGGAACACUGACAACAUGGCCUUGCCAGCGGUCUACAGUGAGAUUGCCAAGUAUUUUAAUACCACACCAGGUGGCCUGGGAGGUUUGGGCCUGGUGCGUGGGGUCUUUGAGUCCAUCUUUGCCUUGCCCAGUGGUUUCCUGGCCGACCGGCUCCCACGACCGUUGCUCAUUUGCAUUGGCUCGGCGAUUUGGGGCGCCGGACUCAUCGGCUGCGCUUUUGCUCCGGACAUUGCCUGGAUGACGGGUUUCCGUGCGCUGAACGGUGUGGGUUUGGGCAUCGUUCAGCCGCUGCUCUUCAGCUUGGUGGCGGACAAAAGCUCCGUCUACGGCCGUGGGAAGGCCUUCGGCUUCCUGCUCUCCACGGGAAGCUUGGGGCAGACAGCCUUCACAGCCUUUGCCACCUCCAUCGCACCACUGCAGAUCGGAGCCAUUGCUGGCUGGCAGUUUGCACUGACAAUCAUCGCCAGUUUGAGCGUGCUGGUGGGUCUGCUGGUCUGGUGCCUGGUCACCGACGUGCCGCGCGCCGAGCAGCGCAGCAUGCUGCAGAUCGUCAAGGAAGAGACGCCCAGGCUCGGGUCGAUUCUGUGCCUGCCCACCUUCCUGGUCAUCAUCGGCCAGGGCAUUUUUGGCACCGCUCCUUGGUUCGCCUUCAGCUACCUCACCAUGUGGCUGGAGCUGAACUGCUUUGCCAACACAGAGGCGGCGACCAUCCUGGCCUUCUUCAACGUGGGGACCGCCUUGUCCAGUAUGCUGGGUGGCAUUUUGCUGGAUUUCAUCUUCCGACGAUUUCCAGAUCAUGGCCCUCCCGGCAUCUCGCAGGUCUCCGUCUUCCUGUCCAUUCCACUCUUUGCGCUCAUCCUUUUUGGCCUGGGCCAUGGGGACUCGGAUGCGGGAACGAUCGCCCUCUACUGCAGUGUCUUCAUGGUGACGGGCAUGUUGAUCGCUUGGAACAUGGUCAUGAACAACAAGAUGUUCAGUGACGUGGUGCCCAGAGAACGCUACACCUACAUCUACGCCUUGGACCGUUGCAUCGAGGGAACCUUCGGCGCCUUUGGACAGCCGGCCGUGGGCUGGCUCACCGACCGGAUCUUCCACUUUGAUGCUGAGAUGGCCAACUCAAAGCACUGCUCCCCAUCGGACGCUUUGUCUCUGGGCAAAGGUGUCUUUAGUGUGGCAGCAGUGGGCUUCGGCAUUUGCUUCCUGUUCUACUGCGUCGCUCAUUGCACCUACCCCCGAGAUCGACGGCGUGCAGAGAUGUUGAAGGAAGUGCCCAAGCAGGACCCGGAACACGUCGCCUGA